GAGACCUUCUUCUGGUGUUCAUUUCAAUUUCUCAAGAAAGAGAGGAGGACCUGUGCAAAUUUUGGGCUUACAUGCUGAUGCUUUCUCUGCCUGUUUCUGGCCUUCCUCCCUGAAACCUCUGCCACUGUGUUUUACAGAGGAGUAGGUAUUCCCCAAAAUAGCCAAGUUUUGCAGGUGCAGGUGGGCUGGAAGAGAGGCACUGUAAUUGCCCUUCCAGAAGGACAAAGCUGUAGUGUUAGAUUACAUCCUAUAGGAUGUGACAGAAUGGAUCUGAGAGCAGCUUUGGCAAUAAAUUUGCCAACUGUGGAAAAUACUGUUGUUGGUGCUGUCGAACCAGAAGACACAACCCAAUGGAUGUUUGGUAUAUGAAAUUGUGAUAUUUAGUGACAGUUCUUUUGUUGUUACGUGAUUGUUCAGUACUUGUGCAAACAAAAUAGUUUACAAAUGUGAGUUCUAGUGGUCUGUGAUUCAGAAGCAAAUAAGGUGAGGAAAUAAUGCCCCAACUAUGAGACCAUGGUGUGGAAUGUGGGAGACUUGAAUUCAACUGUGUGCUUUACUUGGGACUUCCAGUGCUUUUGAGCAGAUGUUAUGCUUCCAUUACUAAUCUACAAAAGGAAGAAAAUGGCAUUAUUUUAUUACCAGGAAUAUUGUGAAGUUAAAUACUCUAAAGGCUUUUUAGGGACUCUGCUUACAAGAGUGGAAUUGUGUAAGUACCUAAAACAUAGAGUAGUAAUGCAGAAUUGCAAACUUCUGGGAUAUUCGCAUAAUUCCUGCCUAAUUUAAUGAUUUUGGGAGCCCUGUCUUUUGAACACCGUUGCAUUAAUGUUUUUAACUCAGUGUUCACUAGGAUGUUAUUGCGUACAGUUUCUAUUUUUAACAAUCAAGCACUUAGGUCUUACAAGGAGCGACAGUAAUCUUCCUUUUGGCAUGAAUACAUGAAUUCUGACUCUCUGUUUUGACUUAAUACAAAACUGUGCAUGUCUUCCUUGUCUGAGAGCUGGGCUGCUGUAUCCUUUGCCUCUGCUUUCUUUUGUAUUCCUGCAGAAUACUUCAUGCUGAAAUCAAGGACAGGUGGCAGUAGCAAAUUGUGAAGAUCCUGUCUUAGGCAACAAAACAUAGGAAACAUGUUUAUGGAAUAUCCACAGAUAAGUUCUGAAUGAAUUUCAAGGCCUGUUUACAAUAGAAGAGAAAUGGCAAAAGAAAGUAUAUUUCGGGAUCUCCUGGAAAUCCUGAUGAGCGCCUCAAGUGAAAUUGAGCAGGCCGAUAAGGACUCCUGUGAACUGGUAGAUCGAGACACCUGCCUGCUGCUCAUAGCAGAGUGUUUCAGAUGUCUGAGGAAUGCCUGUGUUGAGUGUGCCAAGAAUCAACAUGUCAUGAGGAACUUGGGUCUCAUCUCUACGUCUGUCCAUUUGAUCAAAUUGCUCCAUGGAAUGCAAAUCAAAGAAGAAUUGUUAUUGACUGCUCUUCGUUGUAGUCUCCAGUUUCUUGGAAACAUUGCAGCAGGAAAUGGAGAUUCCCAGAAGAGCAUUUGGAAGUGUGCUUUCCCAGAUCUCUUCUUGACGUGCCUAACGUACAGUGAUGAGAAGAUUGUUGCCUAUUGUUGUAUGGUACUGUUCACCUGCCUUAAUUCAGAGAAAGUGAGAGAACUACUGUAUCCUGGGAACUUGACUGUGGCUCUUCAUGUCCUGAAAGUCUACAAAGAGCGGCUGGAGUCUGAGUGGUCGUUCUUGAUUGUUACAGACCAUUUGCUGAAAUGUCCAGAGUUGGUAAAAGCCCUCUAUGCCAAACUGAGCAAUCAAGAAAGAGUUACUUUGUUAGAGCUGAUAAUGGAGAAAGUAAGUGAGAAGAACCCAGUUACCAGUGAAGAAAUGAAUUUGUUCAUGAGACACGCUGACUUCCUUGCAGGCUGUUUCAAAGAGAAAUGUAAAGCUGUGCUCAAGUUAACUUCUGCGGCAGAUGCAGAAGAUGAGGAAGCACUGGUUACAAUUCGUCUUCUUGACGUUCUUUGUGAAAUGACAUCGAACAAUGGACAGCUAGAACAUCUACAGGCUUUGCCUGGUUUGCUUGAAACAGCCAUAGAUACCCUGAGAUUAACUCAUCUUGCCGGGAAACAAGCUGUAAAUAUUUUCACUGCCACACAUACUAUGACAGGGCAGGAAGAAAUUUCACAUCCAGCUGUGGGUUUUAAAUCUCAUCUCAUUCGUUUGAUUGGAAAUUUGUGUUAUAAAAAUAAGGAAAACCAAGACAAGGUUUAUGAGUUAGAUGGCAUCCCCUUGAUCCUGGACAACUGCAGCAUUGAUGACAACAAUCCUUUUGUGAACCAGUGGGCAGUAUAUGCUAUCCGAAAUCUCACGGAACAGAAUGAGAGAAACCAAGAGCUUAUUGCACAGACGGAGGAGAAGGGGCUGGCAGACGAUUCUGCCCUUGAGAGUAUGGGUUUAGAGAUAGAGAAACGAGAUGACAAGUUAAUUCUGAGAUCUGUCAGGAAAAAGCCCUCAUGAACAAAACAUUAAGAAGAGUCGAAUCAUUAAAAGAGGAUUUCUCUUUUAAAAUAUUUUUCCCUGCUCAGGCAAUCAAGAUUUCUUCAGUUUUAGUUCCAGUCUGCUGGAAGUGUUGCAUUCAGAAAAACUGCCAAAUGAUACUUCUGCCUUGCUGCUGUAAACAGAAGGACACCUACACAUUUUCUAAAUACCUAGGUAAAUUAACUUAUGGAAAAAGAUCCUUCUUUUCAGAUGGUUGAAAUUUCAUUACUUUCUUGUUUUGUUAGAAAGAUGUCAUGCGUGCGGUAUUGAGUUGUUAUAAUUUCCAUUGCUGAAUCUGGAGAUAACUAUCAUUAAAAACUCAACAAAGAAAUAA